CGCCCACGUGUUUUCAGAGAGUGAGUGAGUUUUCCGGCUUAUGUGUUGUUCCACAGCAGGAAGUUUUAAUAUAUGACGGUUUUCAAGAGGUACAGGACCAUGAAGGAAACAUUAAAUGAAUUGUCCCAGCUGAGAGACUCUAGGUUCGGUCAACCCUGGCCCAGACACGGACUCAAACUCCUCUACUGGUUCGCCAAUGACUGUGUUUCUUUUGGUAAUGAAAAUAUCAUGAUCUCUGAAUGUGACCCAGCUGACGGAGACUUUGGUUUUCACCAUUUUGAGAACAGAUAUGACGAAAAUGGGGAUAAACUGCUUCCAGACAUAGACUUCCCUUACUAUGUGGUUGGCAAUCUAAAUUCACCAGGAGCUGAAGAACUUCCUGAUUAUGUCUCAGAAGACAAUUCUCCUGACCUUCACAACAGCAACACAGACCGGAUUAUUGUCAGUCUCUAUGAUGAGGAGUGGUUUCAGAGAGUUUAUGUGACUCAACACCAUGACCGAUCAAACUACGAUCCAAACGCCACUUACCCAAUCUCCAGAGGCCUUCUCAUGAUCAUCAGGAGGAUGAGUUUAGAGCACUUUAUGGAGGAAAUGGGUUAUUAUACAUACAUACAGCCUUUCAACCCAAUGCCUGUCAUCAAUUACAAUCCUCAAACUACAAACACAUUCAGUCUAGAUUUAUCUGCGGUCACUCCAUCAUCCAGUGAUUCAGAUGACAGCGAGUCUCCUGAAACACAGAACAAUGACACCAAAAUCCAGAUGGAUGAUGACACACCUUCAUUCAACUCCUCAGAGAACUUACACAAGAAGAUGGGAUUUUGGGAAAGUAUCUGCACCAUACUUUAAAACAAAAUAUUGUACACUGCAGCAGUCAAAUGCUUUGGAAAUUCUCCACAAGGUGUGUGUUCAAAUGAUUUUGAUUGGACUCAUUAGACAUUUUCAUGUCUCUUUCCCUUGCCAACAAAGACAGAAGCAAAUAAUGAACAUUAACAUAGUUUUAACUCUCUUGCCACCACAAAGAUUGAUGGUAAAUUAAAUUUGGUCUCAUCAGAACAUUCUUCAACAAGGGAACACAACAACUGAAUUGUACAGUCAAACUCAUACAGUAAUAAUUUGUUUUCUGGUUGUGAAAGGCUGCAGUGCAUGCUCAGUUUGAUCACUAGUAUUCAAUAUUCAAGAACUAGUGUUGUCACUAUCACAUAUAUUAACAAAUGAGAUGUUAUGUAAAAGCUUUACAGAAAAUUCUCAGUUUUGAACAAAGAUUUUAAUGAAUAAUGAAAACACAAAGGGAAAAAAAGCAACCAAAAGUUUGACUGCGCUCAAUUAUACUGAUAAUAUGACAAUAAAUAAUGCUCUCUACAAUAAAGAAAAGCAUGCAAGACACAGAAACUGCUCAAUUCUGCUGAAUUAAAUGUUUGUGUUUGCAUAAAAAUAAGCAUUACUCAGUUCAAAGCUUGUAGACAGCAUCACUAGCUGCAUGUACAUGGACCCUAAUAAUGUAAUCUGUUUGAAUAUAAUGAUUAUAAUGCCUUCUAUUUGCCACACCGUUCACGUCAGGUAGAGCUGCUAUAGCUCAGGAUCUGUGAAUGAUCAUAAUUCGUGCAUAUUCCCUUAUCCUGAUUCACUGAUUCUGAUGGCAAUAUAAAGAAUAUACUCCAAAAAUCUUUUGUGUUGCGGACCCCGUCUGAAUGAUGGCCGAAAAUUUACUGAUGAGUUUCAUGAUUUAUUAUUGUACAUUCGCAUUCAUUACUGCUGUAAUCAGCACUCGGUAGGCUAUAAUACCCGUCAAAAUAAGAGUCCCCUUUUUUGGAAUGCAGACCUUAUACAUAAUUACACCCACAGAAAUAUGUGCAAAAACAAAUUAGAAGAUUAAUCACAAUAAAGUUUGUUACAUUUUGUAAACAGGGUGUUUUAAUCACACAAACAGCACUUCAGCUCAAUUCGAACAAACGCCCAUUUCAGGGGUGCAAAAUGAGUCUGUUCCCGCCCCGAUAGUAAAGCAAAACGUGAUUGGUUGUAGCGAGAGCGUGCUGUGAUUGGUCACCGUAACGUGGCCGUUAUCUGAUUGGCUUGAGUAGUCGGUGGGUGGAGUCAACCUAUUUGUGGAUUUGUCUGAGGUCGUGACGCUAGAAUUGUUUCAGAAUCCACAAAUGCGCAGGAAGAGAUUCACAGAUGUACAGGUGGUGAUUCACAAAUAAAUGCAGGCAGAGUUGUGCUUGUGACAUAAAAACAGAUUUGUGAAUGUGUUUUUUUAUUAGCAAAUCUCAUUUUAUAUAUUUGUAAAUUUAAUAAUUUUUUGUGAAACUCCUAACAUAUAUUUGUGGAUCUCAUUCUAUUCAUUUGUGGAUCAUAAUCUAUCCCAGGAUAGCAUGGUGACAUUGAUACAAUGUUGAUGUUUUGAUCCAAACCAUCAUUUUGGUUGAGAUUGACAUUUCAAUGUUUAAUGUAUGUUGGAUCAACAUUGAAAUUUUGCACACAUUGGUGGAGACAGUGACAUUGAUCUAACAGUGAUUUGUAGUUGAAGACCACAAGAUUCUGCAGGUCUGUAUCUCUGCAGAACACAAGUGGGUGUUUCCCAAUCAAUCAGUGGGGCGUUUUCAAACCACAAUCUGCUUUUACCCGAUUUGCUCUAAUCCACUGGGUGUUGGUUUAGGGUGGGCCUUCAUAAUUUUAGCAAGUAUGUUGAAAAAUGGUUGAAAAACAUCCAUUGUAGUUUGAAACUGGCCACUAAUUGCCCAUUUUGGUUUUGCAUGUGCACUUCUCAGUAGUUUAAUCAAUUCUUCCUCAUGAGAAAGAAAACACAGGUGUGUCCUAUACAUAUUUAUUAAGAUAUAUUUAUUUAUUAGUGACAUGAACGUGAGCAAGAAUAUCAUACUUUGCACAUAGCACAUGUAUUGCAUCUAUUACUCAAUGCUUGCAGAGCACCUUGACUGCUUUCCUUUAAUCGGUCUUUGUCAGGUGACGUCACACUCCUGAAAACCAAAGUGCAUUAUGGGUGUCGCCGCCAUUUGAGAGGUAUCCAAACAAUUUCUGUAUCAGUGCAGAGUUUUUUCUUCUUUGGCUUCUUUUCAUUGUAAAAAUGGCACACUAUUGUUGUGUGAAAAGCUGCAAUAAUAUGUCCCACGAUAGAAAAUGUCAAAAACUUUACUACGAGAUUAGAUUUAGUCAGUUUCCUACUUGAAAAAGGCUGUACGGAGAGUAUGUAGAGGCAAUAACAGGCGCCGGAUCGCAGCGGUGAGACGCAAAACAUCACUUUCGUCAAGAUAUCUCCAUUCAUGUAUGCUUGCUUUCUACAUUUUCACAAAAGUAAGUUAGAGAUUUCUGUUUUCUAAAGUAGCAUACGUUAUAGCAACGCGUUGUUUUGGAUUGUAUGUGCUAUGAUAGUCAAUUUAAACGGAAUCCCUUUACUUGAAUAUGUCUAAAUUUUUUUUAUUCUUAACUUUGCCAAGGCUUUUUACUUUUUUAUUUUAUAUACUUAAGGUACGACAUUUUUGCUCAGUAUCCAUAUACUGAUUCUAAUUUUCUGACUACUUUUUACAGCUGUGGUCUUAUGUUUAGCUAAAAACCUUUUAAUUUCAUUUCAUUGCAGAUCAGCCUGCUUAAUUAUGGAGACUGACCCCAACUGGACACCAUCCCUUCCUACAUUAAGGCCACAUCAGCAUUAAACACAGGCUGUGUCUCAAUCAGCUCCCUAGUUCAGUAGUUAGGGCACUGAUCAGGACGGUCUCAGUCACAAAAUUUGUGUACACAAUGUACUGAUUCAAGAGCUCAGAGCUGAUUGAGAUGCACACACAGACACUUAGUAAGGAAAAACAAUGCAGUCAGCUGACACCAUCAGGCUGGAGAAAGUGAUCAGCUUCACACUGAGAAGAUGCAGGAGGCUGGAGGAGAUGGUGAUCAUGUGCAGAACUAAACCGACUUGAUAUGUACAUGAUGUCUGAUGUUUGUUUUGGAGAGGAUGAUGUUAAUGUACUAUACGGGUCUGCCAAACCUGGGAACCUUUAUGGCGUUAUUACAAUUUUUUUUUUUUUUUUUGGUGCCUCUGAUUCCAGAUGCAACGAAUACAAAUACAAAUUUCAAAUGCUUCUGUGAACCUUAAUGUACCUCAGAUUUGGUCUGCCUGCGCAACACUUCUCAUGUUUCCCCUGAGACAGAACAUUCAAUGAAACUGUGUCAUAUCUAUAUGCAAACCUGAAGCUUUCAGUUGUAUGGGCAGACAGAGAUGAUUUGCACAGAAAUAUGUCUCCUCUAGCAGAGAUUACUGACUGUUUUGAGAUUUUCACAGAGAAACCAUCCAAUCUGACAGCGUGUGCUUGAAUCUUUUGUAGAAUUGUAGUGUAGAAAUGUGCUGAUGCUUUAUCCAGUCUUGCAUGAACAAUAAAGCAUGUAUAAUUACAUUUUUCAAAAUGUUUUAUCUUCUUGUUAUCAACAUUUCAACAGUCAAAUGAAGUAUGCAAACCAAAUUGUGUACACAGGGUGAUUUGUAGAUUUAUUUUAUGAGUUCACAGGUAUAUGCACUUAUAGCAUUAACAAGAUAAUUAAU